AUGGCUGGUGAAGGGGCUGAUGAGCCGUUCUCCAUGACAGGGACUCUAGAUGGGGAAGGUCGGGUCUCUGAAGACAAAUCAUUGCUCCAUCAGAAGCUGGCGGUCCAGGAGCUCAUGGACACCGAGAUCUCCUACUUGCACAUGCUCCGACUCUGUGCCCGUGACAUCAGGAGCCGCCUCCAGCAGCUGCCCCAGGGAGAUCUGGAUGUCCUCUUCUCAAAUAUCGAUGAUGUCAUCCAGGUGAACAGCAAACUUCUUCAUGACCUGCAGGAGACAGCCUCCACAGAAGAGGAACAAGUGCAGCUCAUUGGUAACUUAUUCUUGGAAUUCCAAGAGGAGUUGGAACGCGUCUAUAAGGUCUACUGUGCCAACUAUGGCCAGGCCUUGCUGCUGGUGGAGACAUACCGGAAGGAGCCAGAACUGCAGCGGGAGAUCCAGGGCAUCAUUGAGGCAGUGGUGCCACAAGCUGGACCCUCAGGCCUCAGUUUCUUAUUGGUAAUCCCUCUGCAGAGGGUUACCAGAUACCCAUUGCUGCUGCAGAAAAUCCUGGAGAACACACCCCCCGAUGCCUGUGCCUACCCUAUCCUUCAGAGGGCUACCUCUGCCCUCCAGGAUGUGAACGCCAACAUCAAUGAAUACAAGAUGCGCAAAGAAGUGGCAUCCAAGUACACAAGAGUGGAGCAGCUGACCCUCCGGGAGCGGCUAGCCCGCAUCAACACACACACACUCACCAAGAAGACCACCCGGCUGAGCCAGUUGCUGAAACAGGAGGCGGGGCUAGUACCCAGAACGGAAGACAAGGAAUUUGAUGACUUGGAAGAGAGAUUCCACUGGGUGUCAUUGUGUGUGACUGAGCUGAAGAGCAACGUGGCUGUUUACUUGGAUAACCUGGAGGCCUUCCUCCGCUUCAGGCCUCAUGAAUGUGAUCUGGACAUCCCUGAGGGGCCUGUGGCACAGUACUGCUAUUUGGCGAGAGAGCUUCAGCUCGAGGUUUUCCUGGAGUUUAAACAGCGGCUGGAAGGUCUGGUAUGGCGGCCGCUGUGCAGCCUGGCCAAAACCCUAGCUGGCCCGCAGAACCUGAUCAAGAAACGUCUGGACAAACUGCUGGACUUUGAGAGGGUAGAAGAGAAGCUGUUGGAGGUGGGCAGCGUGACCUAUGAGGAGGAGGCAACCCGACACACGUACCAGGCUCUCAACUCCAUGCUAGUGGCUGAACUCCCCCAGUUUCACCAGCUGACCAUGCAGUGGCUGGGCCAGAUCCUGCACACAUUCGUGGCUCUGCAGCAGGACCUUGCAAAGCAAGUGUUGCAGAAGGCAGAGGGCAGCUCAGUCCAGCUGCCCCACCACCAUGUCUCUGAGCCUGACUUCAGGAAGCUUGUGGAAGAUGUGCUAGGACAGACCAGUGACCAGCUUCACUCCUUCCGAGAGAACUUUGAGAAAGUGCUGCCACCUCCCACCACACAACCACUCCUUCCAGGGGCUGAACGCCAGGUGCAGGCCCUCCUCAGCAAGUAUGGCCCCGGGAAGCUUUACCAGGUAACAAGCAGCAUCAGUGGGUGUGGGACUCUGGACCUGACAGUACCGCGGGGCCAAAUCGUGGCUCUCCUUCAAAACAAGGACACCAAAGGCAACAGCAGCCGCUGGCUGGUGGACACUGGGGGACAACGCGGGUACUUGCCAGCUGGGAAAUUGCAGCUGUACCAUGCCAUCCCCAGUGAGGAGAAGUUCAGAGGGCAGGUGAGGUCACACGAGGAUUCCCAGCCUCUAACACCAGAGCCCAUUCUGGCCCCAGUUUCCUCAGUGCCAACUAUGACCCAGGUGGUGGCAGCGUAUCCUUUUGUGGCCAGAAACAGCCAUGAAGUGAGUCUGCAGCCAGGCCAGCCAGUGACUGUCCUGGAGGCCCAAGACAAGAAAGGAAACCCGGAAUGGAGUCUUGUGGAUGUGAACGGACAGAGAGGCUAUGUGCCCUCUAGCUUCCUGGCUAGAACCCCAGGCCCAGCUCCAUGGGGCUGGCGGCUGGCCUCUUAG